CUCAAACACAGUCAAACACCCCUUGCUCUCUCUCGCUGAUAUCCGGCUACGGAUCGGUGGCUCCGGUGUUGAUUCCGACCGGUCAAACACGCAUUCACACUCCAUGAUCUCUACACUACCCCCCCCCUCGUUUCAUCGGUCAAAAAGACACCAACACCCGACGGUGGUGGUGAGCGGCGACUGCGGAGAAAGAGAGAGAAAGAGAAGAGAGAGGCAAUGGCGGUGCGACGACGUGAAUAGAGACGAAAUGAUGGUGCAUGGCAGCGUGGAAUCUUUUCAGCAGUGACGAAAUUAGGAAGAAAGAGAGGGAACCAGAGAGAGGAGAGAACCGGCUGAGCCGGCGCCGUCUCCGACGACGGUGGAGUCGUCCCAUUUCGACGUUUCCUCGACAUAACACCGAUUUGGUUCGAGACUCGGUCAAUGCAAGACAGCGGACAAACUUCGGCUCGGGUCAGCCUGGACAGAUUCAUUUCAUUUCGACCCGGUUCACUCACUCAAGACUUGGUUCGGUCCAGGUUCGGGUCAACAUAAGUCAACGACGACCAACCUCAGUCGACUUGGUCAACAUCCGAGUCAAACUCGGUCAACAGCAGUCAAUCGCGGUCGAAACCAGACCCGGUAAAGUUAAACGACGCGAAAUUAGUAUAGAUUGUUAUAGUUACUAGAUUUUUUUAUAUACUACGCGAAUCGAGCUCGACCGGUUAAAAGUUUAUACGUUAGUGAUUUAUUUA